GUAGAGUAUACACAGUGUUCCGUUGAGUUUCAUCGUCGAAGAGACACUUUUCUUUUACUUUUUUUCAAAAUAAUGUUUGACUUCACACAUUGAACGACAUGGCAGUACACUUUAACGUUUAUAAUAUAUAUCUUUCUGGGAUAAUUUCACUCACUUCGAAUGAUGUUUCACGAACGAUAUAAAAAAGAAACAAAUAAUGCACGGAUUUUUCAUAAAGAAUUAUCAAACAUUUAAAUGUUCGAACGACAAGCCAACGAAGAGAUUUAAUUUGACAAUAAUUCUUGUCGAAUAUUAGAAAUGUAAUGUUCACGAGUCGACGUCAGUCUUAGAACUGAAGAAUGGUAUAUGAUUAGAGAGAACAAAAUUUUGCAUAAUAUCGGAAAGAAAUGUCGAGAGAGUUUCUCUUCAAUUACACGCAUCCACUUGUUGAUUUGCAACAACUGAAGCGGCACGAUGUACUUACUACGUCCAAAGGGAAACUUUUAAGACUGACGAACUAGCUAUAUCGACUUUUCUUGAAUAGCAUAAAAUGUUAUAUAUCACGGUUGGCUUAACAAAAGAACUUUUUCUUAAUUUCGUAGUCCCACUCAUAAAAUCUAUCUGUGCGAAACUUAUAUUCUAUAAUAAUUUUUUGGUUGUUAAGAAAGAACGUUCUCGAGAAGGAAACUUUCCCCUUCUCGUGCUCUCUCUUUCUCUAAACUCUAAGUUCAGUUUUAAUCUAUAUAUUUAUUUAUAUAUUCAAUAAUGUUUUCUAUUGAUCAUAGAUUCAAACGACGAAUAGGAAAAAUAGGGAAAGAUAUUUAAUUUCACUUGGUUUUUCAUCGUAAUCGAGCGAAAGUCGAUUUAUUUAUUAUCAUUUAUUGGAAAUUAUAGAAAAACGUGAGAGAAAAAUUCCGAAGAAAGUAAUUAAAUUUUUUUUCUAGAUUGAUCGAAAGAAACGACCCCGAUGACAACGAUUGUGGAUGGAUAUUUCUGUUCUUACAUUCUGGAAUUACAUCAUUUUGCUUCGGUAAUAAUGGAAGGAAAAAAGAAAGGAAAAAAAAAAAAAACAAAGGAAGAGACAUUCACGAUGUUUUGCGAAAGUUUGACAUAAAUGACGUUCAACGAUUCGAAACGUACGAAUUGCCAUGCCCUGGUCUUUUUCUCGAUUAUGAAUGUCUGCCUGAAGAACGAAUUACGUUCAAUCGGAUACCUUCCGAAUCGACUUUCGUAAGCACCGCAGCUAUUUAACUUAUUCUCCUAGCUGGAGAAAGUUUGCGCCACUGGCUGUGUACCCGCCUGUGUGGAUAUCAGUUUCCUAAUCCGGUGCUACAAAACCUCCCGGAAUCAAAGAAGGAAAGAGAAGAAAAAAAAAACUAGCUCUCUAUAUUCUGAUAAAACAGAAACUCCGAUACUUAUUUUUACGUUUGAAACAACAUACCGAUAUAUAUAUACACGUAGACGAAUUGAAUUCCGCGUUCAAGUCUCUACCUUUGAAUCAAAUCUUUAAAUGAUCAGUCUUUGAUACAGGUGAUUACGUGGUUCAAUACUAUUCUCUAGAUAGGACCAGUUUCACGAUCUUGUUAGCCACAUUAGAUGAAUGUAAAUACACACAGAUCUUAGAAUUUACCGUAUCCUGAUGGAACGAGUUACAUGACAACAACUUGGUAUAAAAGAAGUGUCAACUUUCCGUGUUCACGUUAGUUCAACGGUACACGUAUCUUAAUAUGAAGCUAUUGUUGCUUCUUGGAUUGAUCAUUCUGGUCUUUGGCCAGGAAACAAUUGUCUCUACGAGAUCUAACGACAAUAAGGAGAUAGAACAGCAAGCAACAACGAUACUCCAAGUACAACCAAACAGUCAAGAAGGCGAGGCCAACAGAAAAUUAACAAAGAGAAGCUUUGGUUGGGGUCCUUGGGGAUACGGAGGUGGUUAUGGUGGUUAUGGUGGUUAUGGUUGGCCUUGGUAUGGUGGAUGGGGUGGUGGAUGGUAUAGUGGUUGGUAUCCUGGCUGGCCUUGGUGGUACGGUGGUUAUGGAGGUUGGUAUGGUCAUGGUGGAUGGUACAAAAAAUGGUAAUCUAUGAAAUAUGAGCAGAUUAUCAUUAAAAAAAUACAUGUGGGUCAUCAUAUUCCCUAUAAUGAUGUCUAACUAUCGAAGAGAAGUUUAAUUCGUAAUCGUGUUUACAUCUUUAAUGAAAGGAAAAUAAUUAGAAGAUCAAUUUGAUCGAGAAUAAAUGAAAAUGACGAUCCUCUAGUUAAAUUUUAACAUGUAAAGUUAACUAAUGAAUAAGUUCAAUAUCAUUGUUUACGCAUCAUCAUGUUUAUAUAUAUACAUAUAUAUAUAUAUAUAUACAUAAUAUAUAUACAUAUAUCAACUAAUUCAUUUAUAUGUCGCAUGCUGACUAAAUA